ACCCUCCGCCAGCUCAAGGUCACCGUGCUCCGAUUCCUCCAGUGGCCGGCCACUGGCUGGCCCGAGCCAGCCCAGACCCCCUGCAGGUCAGCUCAGCUCCGCAGGAACCAGAAACCGGGCCCUAUUGGGCAAUCAUUAAUCAGAUUCUUGACAUUCUUCAGCCCCAGGUCGGCUUGGGAAGCAUGCUCCCCGGAAGAGGAGGGGCAGAGUCCCAGGACUGGAAUUUGGACAUGCAGCUGACAGGCAAGGUGGUGCUGUCCAUCGCUGUCCUGCUCCUGGGGACCGCAGCCUACAGGCUGUACAGGUUGAGGCCUGCCCAGGCCCCGCUGGGGGGCAGGGACUCCAAGGCUGAGGCCGAGGAGGAGGCCGAGAGCUCCAGGAAACCGGUUGUCCAGAGGGCUUUUCCCGGGGCACCACACCGGGCUCUGAGACGCCGGAGGGGAAGCAAGGGGGCCGGAGCACCGCUGGGCUGUGGCUGGGAGAAUCAGGGCGACUCUGUAGUCCUGGCAACAGGACCCUCUCCCGAAGGCUCAGAAGCCCAAGAGGCUUGGGAGCCCGAGAAGAAGGGCACUGGUGCUGAAGUGGGGGGGCAGAGCCUGGUCUCUGAGCUGCCCUCCUCUCGCCACAGUGGCCAGGAAGGAGGAACAGCUGUUGGCGGUAAGCCUGGGCCGCCCCCCCAUCCCACUUUGGGCGGCGAACCCCACAGCUCCCCACCUGGCCUCACUGCGGCAGCGGGGAGCAGUGUGGGCGCUGAGCCUACCCCAUGGUGGGACGGCGGACCCCCGGAGCCUGGGCUUGUGGAGCAGGAGUGCCCCCCGACGAGAGGCCCUGCGACGGGCUUCCUGAUGGCCCCCAUGGAAGGCAAGAGUGACAUGAACAGGAGCUGGGUUUUCCCUCGUGUGACGGGGGUCCACAGGGGAGAGGCCGGGGCCCUCCAGGCUGCCGCGGACCUGGGCCUGACCCUGCAUCAGCGGGAGGGAGCCGCCAGCGCCUCCUAUACCUACUCGUCCGUGUCCCGGGUCCUGGUGGAGGAGAAUUUCAUACCGGAGAAGGCGGAGGGGAUCGGGCCCAGGCUGAAGGGCAAGGUGUAUGAUUACUAUGUCGAGUCCAUUUCCCGGGCCACCUCCAAGGGCAGGCUGGCCCGCAGGAGAGCGGCCCCGGCUGAGGCCCCCCUCCCCGUGGCCCUGCCAGGUGCCCUGGGGACAGAGGCCCCUCCCGGAGGCCAGGAACCUGGAGCUGAAACGCCCUCCUCCUCCCAGCCUGCGCCAUUGUCCUCCACAAGAGGCUUCAGCAGGAAGGAGAGCCUCCUCUGCAUCACAGAGAACCCAGAACUCCAGCUCCAGCUCGAUGGCUUCGGGGACCCCGAUCCGUCCUGCCCACACCAGGGGACCCCAGCCAGCCGCCCCCUUCCCCAGGCUUCCCUUGGGUCCUGCUCAGCCCGAAGUGGCGGGGAGCCCCACGUGCAGCUCGUGGCCGGGACCAACUUCUUCCACCUGCCACUGGCCCCCGGCUCAGCGCCGGCCGUGAACCUGGAUCUGGGCAACUGCUACCAGGUGCUGACCUUGGCCAAGAAGCAGAAGCUGGAGGCGCUGAAGGAAGCAGCCUACAAGGUGAUGAGUGACAAUUACCUGCAGGUUCUGCGCAGCCCAGACAUCUAUGGGCGCCUGAGCGGGUCGGAGCGGGAGCUGAUCCUCCGACGCCGCCUUCAGGGCCGCGAGCGCCUGGUGGUGGCCGACGUGUGCCCUCAGGAGGGCUCCGGCCGGCUCUGCUACUAUGAGGAAGAGCAGGAUGCCUGGCAUCCGCUGGCCUGUCUGCCCUCCGAGGCCGUGUCCCAAGGCUGCGCCCUCUGCAGUCUCUUCAACUAUCUCUUCGUGGUGUCCGGUUGCCAGGGGUCUGGGCACCGGCCCUCCAACCGCGUCUUCUGCUACAACCCGCUGACCGGGAUCUGGAGUGAGGUGAGCCCGCUGAACCAGGCCCGGCCACGCUGCCGGCUGGUGGCCCUGGACAGCCACCUGUACGCCAUUGGGGGCGAGUGUCUGAACACGGUGGAAUGCUAUGACCCCCGCCUGGACCGCUGGACCUUUGCGCCGCCGCUGCCCAAGGACACCUUCGCCCUGGCGCACACGGCCACGGCGUGCGCCGGAGACAUCUUCGUCACAGGUGGCACCCUGCGCUACCUGCUGCUCCGAUUCAACGCCCGGGAGCGGCGCUGGCAGGCCGGCCCCACGGGGGGCGGCAAGGACCGCACAGCCGAGAUGGUGGCCGUCAACGGCUUUCUCUACCGGUUUGACCUCAACCGCAGCCUGGGCAUCAGCGUGCACCGCUGCAGCGCCAGCGCCCGCCUCUGGUACGAGUGCGCCGCGCACCGGACUCCUUACCCCGACGCCUUCCAGUGCGCCGUGGUGGGCGACCUCAUCUACUGCGUGGGCCGCCGCCGCUCGCUCUGCUUCCUGGCUGAUCACGUCUCACCCAGGUUUGUGCCCAAGGAGCCGCGGAGCUUCCCCUCCCCGCAGGGCACCCUCCUGCCCACCGUCCUGGCCCUGCCCGUCCCCGAUGUGCCUCAGACCAGGGUCUAGCUACCCCCAGCCGCUGCGCUUCUCCGGCACAAAUGGGAAGCAAAAAGCACCCCCCACCCCACUGCCACUCCCCCUCCCACCCAUUUCUGGGCGAGCAGGCAGCUCAGGAAUUUGGGCAGCGAGAGGGGACUUCUAACCCUACUUCCUCCCCUGGCCGGGGCCUCCUAUGCGUCUCUGCUGCCCGUGGGGUGCCGAGGUGCAGUGUGAAAAUAGAACCAGGGACCGGUGUCGCCGGCGGGGAUGGGCGCCAUCUUGCUUCAACUCUGAAUUGUUUCGGGAAGGGGCAUCAGGAAGGACCCCACCAAAGCCCAGGGGCACAGCGUUCCUGCAACCACAGUUCAGGCGCCAGCUGACCCCCAGUAACUCCUCAGGCCCACCCCGCUGGAGUUGGGCCCGCUCUCUAUAAGCCACCAGGCUCCCCUCUGAAACACUGGCCUCUGAGUCCCUACCUCCAGGGUUCCGAGAAGCAGCUGGGACACACAAGGAGGGUGUUUCUGGCUGUGCCAGAAGCCCCAGGGAGCCCCAAGGGGCCCGGCCAGAGGAGAGAUGCCUGGAGAAGUUCUGCAGCUGUGGUUGGAGCUGCCCACGGACUUGUCUGCGGAGCAAAUCAACCAUUACCCACUCCUUACCUACAGCUCUAGAAGGAGGAGAAACCUCCCGUUAGCAGCCGUUUGAAAACCUCCGUCUUAUACCGGUCUACUACAAACACCAGGGGCUGCCACACGUGAGGUCUCAGGAGAGAGAGGAGAUGUGAUCUGAGGGCCACCAUCCUCCUGGGCCCCUGCUCGGGCCCAUUGCUGACUGACCGCUGACUCCCUUCCCGGGUCUCAGAGCUCACACGAUACUGCAUCCAAUCACAGCCCUGACGUCGGGGCGGGGGGAAGGGGGAAGGCAGCCCCUCCCUGGCACCCAGACAGGGCUGGGGAGAGACGAUGGCAUAAUUUGCUCUCUCUGUGCCGUGUGAUCACCCAGUGUGCAUGGUCAGACAGGGGACCAGGGAGGGGCAGGCCCGUGAUGGAGCUGAGGAACUAGAGCAUUCCAGUGGGCCAUCUGGCAGACACUGGGAUCUCCUCCCACAUCAGGGUGGGUAAAUCUGAAAAUGGCAGAGACCCCCCCCCCCCCUUCAACCUCAGGAAGUUGCCUGUUCUCCUGGAGGGAAGAGAGAGAGACUGGCCCGACCUAUGGCCACAGCCCGCUCCCUGGCUGAGGAUGACGCAUUCACAGACAGAAGGGUGACGAUGCUCUCCGUGCCAGCCAGGGGGCAGGGCAGCUGGGACCACUUCUAAAGUGACAAGCUGCCCAGAGGAAAGAAGUAGAGACGGGGGUGCACCAGGGCAGGCCUGACAAGCAGGGAGCUCAGGAUGCUUCAGGCUUUGGCGUUCCUACCUUGAAAAUGGGAAGGACCACUCACGGCUUUCUCUGGUCAGAGAACACCUGGAGAAAGUUCUCCCCAAGGCCGCCUGGGGGUCUGGGCAGGAGCUUGUGCUCACAGCAGCUGCGGGGCCGAGCUGGGGUCUUCCUGGAAAAUGAAGGAAUAACGGGGAGGUUGGCAUGGAGUUGAGAACUUUUACUGGACCCCUCGAAGCCGUCAUCCCCAUUCUAAGGCCUGGAGGGCGAGGCUGCCUGGCAUUUAUUCCUCAGUUGGAGGCGGGGAGAGGACAGUGAGUUGGGGCUAUGGCUAGAGCCUGGUGACCCCUCCCACCCCCGCCAAGGCCAUGCUCAAGCUCAGAGACAACCCUCAGGCAUGAGCCUCCAAGGGACCCUUGGUGGGGAAGGGGGGUAACUCAGCAUCACGAUGCCAGGCUGCGGUUUGCUUGGGAGCUGGACCCACUCUGGCAGCUGAGGACAGGUGAAGCCACACCCAGUCCCCAGGGACAGACCACCAGCGAGAGACCAGGCAGAUGACUAGACCACAGCCAAGCUCAGGGAUGGUGGGGGAGGUUCCAAGCCAAAGGGGAACUCGGAUCCCUCCAGAAACCUUUCAGAGCCCCAUGGCAUACACCUGGUUGGGACCAGGGAGUCAAAUCCAGAGACAAGCAGAAGAGUUGUUUCCAGACCCAGUGAUGGUGGGUGUGGUCUUCAGGAUGAAUGCGGUGUGGGAUCUUGUCUUCCUCCCUGUGGUCCCUCGCAGACGUCACUAAUAGACUAGCCUAUCUUUUCCUGUUGAGCCUCAGAACCAGUCCAACCCCAGGCCCUCAGCUGUCAUCACUGAUAGGAACACCACAUAGCUGGUGUGUUCCUCGUGGCUGGCCUGGUCUCCACAACUGGCUUUAGGGAAGGGAAGUGAGUGGUCAGGGCCAUUAUGAUAAAGGAAGGUAGUUCAGGGAGCCCUCAGACUCCACCUGGGGCCAUGAUAGUCCGGAUUCACUGACAGGUUGUUUAGACUUUUCCAGGCACUGCUCCGGGCACUGUGCUGGGAAGGCGGCAGGGCCCUGCCCUAACAGAGCUCACUUUCUGGUAGAUGAAAAUGGGCAAUUUUUGAAAAUAAAUGCAUAGGGGAGCCUGGGUGGCUCAGUCGGUUGAGCGUCCAGCUCUUGGUUUUGGCUCGG